GCUAGCCAUUCGUUGUUCUCAGCUCUCUCUCUCUCUCUCUCUCUCUCUCUCUCUCUCUCUCUCUCUCCAUGUCUCCCUCAACAGACAUGGACGGGCGAACCCUUCGCACUCGCGCUCGCCGUUUCUUCGUUUCGCUCCUCACUUCCCUCGUCUUCCUCUUCCUCGACUUCCUCGACGCCUCCCUGUGCGUGUUGUAUCGCUUCCUCGAUGCGUUCAUCGAAGGAAAGCCCUCUCCUUGCUACUGCGACAAGAACAGAGCCGGCGAGAGAAGCAGUGCAAGCGGAGGCGAUGAAGAGAGCGAGGUCUCCGAGAGUCUGUACGGCAGGAGGAAUGUUUUCAGGGAAAUGGGCAUGCUCAGGUUGGUCGAAAGGUGGGAUCUUUCUGGUUCGGCAGGGAGGGUGGUAACGAAUCAUCGUAGUAGGUGGUCUGAUUGUGGCUGUGACUCGUGCGUUUCUUGGGCGUGCAGCGGUGCGCUAAAGCUUCAUGUCGUCGUUCAGGAGCCUCUGCCAGGUGAUUUUAGUGUUCAGGUGCAGAAGGCCCCUGAAAAUGUGAUAUUCGUGCAUGGGUUCCUCUCAUCUUCGUCAUUGUGGACAGAAUCGGUGUUCCCUAAUCUUUCUGAAUCGGCAAGGGCUAACUACAGAUUAUUUGCCGUGGACCUUUUGGGAUUUGGGAGAAGUCCAAAGCCAAGGGACUGCGCGUAUACAUUGAAGGAUCACCUGGGCAUGAUUGAGAGAUCCGUGAUCAUUCCAUAUCGGUUAAAUUCUUUCCAUUUAGUUGCGCACUCCAUGGGAUGCAUAAUCGCGCUGGCCUUAGCUGCAGAGUAUACGGAGUCCGUGGCAUCAAUCACCCUAAUUGCACCGCCAUAUUUCCCAUCUUCGGAAAGCAAUGCAAGCUUAACAGCCCUUGAAAAGAUUGCUGAGAAGAGAUUGUGGCCUCCUCUGUUGUUUGGCUCAGCGGUCAUGUCCUGGUACGAGCACUUGGGUCGAUGUGUCUGCUUCCUUGUUUGCCGCAACCACAGGACAUGGGAGAGAAUCCUGAAACUUGUUACCCGGAGGAGUGAUUUGCAUUUUUCCCUGAUCGACUUGACGAGGCACACCCAUCACUCAGCCUUGCAUACGAUGCAUAACGUGAUAUGUGGGGGAAUGAAAUUCAUGGAUAACUACUUGGAAGGUCUAAGGAAAUCCAGGGCAAGAAUUGUGAUUUUUCAUGGUGACCGCGAUGAGGUUGUCCCAAUGGAGUGCAGCGACAACAUCAAGAUGAAGAUCCCACACGCCGAGGUUGACAUAAUUCCGAAUGCUAACCACACCAGGGUGAUCCUAGGGAGAGAGAAGGCUCUUACUCGGAAAUUGGAGCAUGUUUGGGCAAGAUUUGCAGGUCUUGGACAGGAAUCCGACAGAGGGUUAGUGCUCGCAAGAUGGUAGCAAGUGAUGUUCUUGGGCCAUUCAUUUUCUUUGUUCGCUACAUGUUUGGCUGAUCAUUCCAAUUGCUUGCCUGAAGCAUCAUUGUACAACGAUUUGACUAGCGAGAAUAGUAAAUUUUCUCGACGGGGAAAUUGAAAUGUGGCUUCUUUGAUAGUCUAUAAGGCGAAGCAAUCAAGCUACUAAUGAACAUAAUAAGAGUACAUUCAUUAUCAUUCAUGCCUUA